AUGGAGUUAACAGCGAAGACGCCAAUAUUAGAUUUUCAAGAGUAUAAUAUUAAUAUACAAGCAGGUGAUAUUACUGAUGAUGAUUUAAAACAAACUGGAUAUUGUUAUAUCAAAAAUCAUGGAAUACCCAAACAUCAGGAACUCAAUUUCAGGUUAGAUCAGUGUAAUCCAGCUGAUUUAAAAGAAGCCUUCAACUAUGCACCCAUGGAUCCUGGGGACUGGCCCACAGAAGAGGUGCCUGGUAUGGAAAAAUCGUUUAUCAAUCUUUUUAACAGCUUUCGGUUACUGUGCUAUAACGUUUUAGAUGUACUGGCAUUGCCUCUUGGUCUUGAGGUAAACCUUGUCUUCUGA